GCGCACUUGUACCUACUGAUCCGCCCACGCAAAGCUCGCCGCUGAAACAAAGCUCGGCGUUCCUUCUCCCCUGUGUUCAGUCCACGCGCGAUCUUCCAAUUGGAAACACCUCCAGUUAAAAAAGGAUUACAUUUAUUUUCAAAAGUGCAACAUUGUGCAACGACAUCUAUUUUUUUGUUCAGACAGAUACAUCUGCUACAAACCACGAUGUCUCAGCAAAACACACAGUUGCAAGCUGGUCAGCAGGUUAUCAAGAAGACCAUGGACCAAGUGAUGGAACAAAGGGAAACUACAGAGAAAGUGACUGUACAGGCCAAGCAAGAGUUCCGCGAAAGUUACCAGGAGAGCUAUGAAGAAGAAUUCGAGGAAGAAACUUUCAUCGAUGAAUUCGGAAAUGAAUCUACAAAGAGAGUGGAAUCUAGCAGUGAAAGCAAAGAACACUCAAAAAGUGCUGACGUCAGAGUGAAAGCUACGGGUCUGAAUGCAGAGCAGAUGAAGGCACUUACGAACAGCGCGAACCAAGCUGGACAGCUAGCACUGGACUCAAAAGCUGCCAACUGAAACAUGUAAAUAAUGCAAUUUUCCCC